AUUUCUCGUAUCUUUCAUCAGCAACGGGAUAUAGCAAGAUGUCUGCUGCGCUCGCUCUCCUUUUACUGAUAUUUGGAUUUACCAUGUUGAAGUUCAUCUGCUGUUACAGUGAUGGAAGUUUAUUGACCGACCAGUGUCAAAAUAUGGCUAUAAAUCAUUCAGGACAACCCACAGGUCAAGCUUCAAACCCUUUCACCGUCGUUCCCGAUAACAUGACCGUGGACAUUUCGAAAGUGGGAACGAGCAUAACAGUGACGCUCUCAACUUCUUCUGCUCCAUUUUUGGGCUUUAUGUUGGAGGCUCGAAAGUGUGAUGAUUGUCCACCUGCUGGUACAUUUAGUUUGCUUGACUCGGCCAACAGUCUGCUCCUCUGUGGCGGCCAGGCCGUGGCUCAUCCUAAUAACUUGGAUAAAUAUUCAGUCCAAGUGACGUGGACGCCUCAAGGCACUGGACAGUAUUUCUUCAGAGCUGCAUUCAUCAAAGAUUUCGGUUCAUUUUGGACAAAAAAAGCUAUUAAACUCUUGACAACAACAUCGCCGCCGACAUCAAUGCAGACAACAGCACAAACAAAGCAGAUAACGACACAAACAAAGAUGCUGACAUCGACGCAAACAACAACACAAACAAAGAUGCCGACAAUGACCCAGACAGCCACACAGACAACAACAGCGACACCUACAACACUGCUGAUGAUGAUGACAACAGCCUCAACAACAACUACUGACACCACCACUACUGUAACAAUUAUGCGCACAACCUUGGGUAAUAAAAACUUCUAUACUACCUAUAGCUGCAAAAGAAUCAAAACCUUCAAACAUUGA